GGGGCGGGGCGGGGGCGCCGCUCCCCCUUUGUUGGUGUCGGCGGGGCCCGAGCGGCGGCGGGGCCGGCCCGGUAUGGGCGACCAGGGUGCCGGGCAGGAGUCUCUGCGGAAGAUCAUCACCACCCUCGCCGUGAAGAAUGAGGAGAUCCAGAACUUCAUCUACUCCCUCAAGCAGAUGAUCCAGAAUGUGGAGGCCAACUCGGCGCGGGCGCAGGAGGACCUGGAGGCCGAGUUCCAGUCUCUGUACUCGCUGCUGGACGAGCUCAAGGAGGACAUGGUGAUGAAGAUCAAGCAGGAGCGCGCCAGCCGCACCUACGAGCUGCAGGCCCAGCUCGCCGCGUGUUCCAAGGCCCUGGAGAGCUCGGAGGAGCUGCUGGAGGCGGCCAACCAGGCCCUGGGCGCUGCCAACCACCACGACUUCUCCCAGGCGGCCAAACAGAUCAAGGAUAGCGUGACGAUGGCACCCGCCUUCCGCCUCUCGCUCAAGGCCAAGGUGAGCGACAACAUGAGCCACCUGAUGGUGGAUUUUGCCCAGGAACGGCGCCUGCUCCAGGCCCUCACCUUCCUGCCAGUGCCCAGCGCGCCCGAGAUCGACCUGGCGGAGUCGCUGGUGGCCGAUAACUGCGUGAGCCUGGCAUGGAGGAUGCCCGAGGAGGGCGGCAAGAUCGACCACUACGUGCUGGAGUAUCGCAGGACCAACUUCGAGGGGCCCCCCCGUGCCAAGGAGGACCAGCCCUGGAUGGUCAUCGAGGGCAUCAAGGGCACCGAGUACACCCUGUCUGGGCUGAGGUUUGACAUGAAGUACAUGAACUUUCGGGUGCGGGCGUGUAACAAGGCCGUGGCGGGCGAGUUCUCGGAGCCGGUCACGCUGGAGACCAGAGCGUUCACGUUCAAGCUGGAUGCCAGCACGUGCCACCAGAACCUGCGGGUGGAGGAGCUGAGCGUGGAGUGGGACGCGACGGGCGGGAAGGUGCAGGACGUGAAGGCGCGCGAGAAGGACGGCAAGGGCAGGACGGCCUCGCCCGCCAACUCCCCUGCCAGGGUGGUGCAGUCGCCCAAAAGGAUGUCCCUGGGCCGGGGGGGCCGCGACCGCUUCACCGCCGAGUCCUACACGGUGCUGGGGGACACCCUGAUCGACGGGGACGAGCACUACUGGGAGGUUCGGUACGACCGGGACAGCAAAGCCUUCGGGGUGGGGGUGGCAUAUCGGAGCCUGGGCAAGUUCGACCAGCUGGGCAAGACCUCGGCCUCCUGGUGCCUCCACCUCAACAACUGGCUGCAGCUCAGCUUCAGUGCCAAGCAUGCCAACAAGGCCAAGGCGCUGGACGUGCCCGUGCCCGACUGCAUCGGCGUCUACUGCAACUUCCACGAAGGCUUCCUCUCCUUCUACAACGCCCGGACCAAGCAGCUGCUCCACACCUUCAAGGCCAAGUUCACGCAGCCCGUGCUGCCAGCCUUCAUGGUGUGGUGUGGCAGCUUCCAGGUGACCUCGGGGCUGCAGGUGCCCAGCGCCGUGCGGUGCCUGCAGAAGCGGAACAGCACUGCCAGCAGCUCCAGCCUGCCCUAGAGAGCCGUGCCCCCUCCC